AUGUCCGCCACCGCGGUGAAGCUUUCCGAUGGCAAGGGGCUGGCGUUCGUGCGGCCGACGCCGGAUCACACGUUUGAGCUGGACGAGGAGCUCCUCGCCGGCCUGCUGGACCGUCAGGACAUCAGGAACCGGUCCGUGAUCUUCGUCGCAGUGGCGGGCGCCUUCCGCAAGGGCAAAUCCUUCCUACUCUCCUUCUUCCUACGCUAUUUGUAUAACACGUACGAGCUCAAGUUGGACAACGACGACUGGUUGGGGGCGGAAGACCAGCCGCUGAAGGGCUUCAGUUGGCGCGGCGGCGCCGAGCGGCACACCACCGGUCUACUGAUCUGGUCGCAGCCGUUCAAGGCCACCCUCGAUAAUGGGGAGGAGGUAGCGAUAUUCCUAAUGGAUACCCAAGGGACCUUCGACAGCGAGUCCACUAUACGCGACAACGCCACGGUCUUCGCUCUUUCCACCAUGGUGUCCUCAAUCCUAAUCUACAAUCUUUCGCAGAACAUCGAGGAGGACGAUCUGCAGCAUUUGCAGCUGUUCACAGAUUAUGGCAGAGUGGCAUUGGAGAAGACGGAGGGCAAGCCGUUCCAGCACCUGAUGUUCCUCGUGAGGGACUGGAGCGUGCCGUACGAAUACGAGUACGGAGCUGAGGGCGGCCAAAGGUUUUUGGACAAGCGGCUGGAGGUCCACGAGAACCAGCACGAGGAGCUGAAAACCCUCCGGCGCGAGAUCAAGUCGUUCUUCGCGAAGCUGUCUUGCUUCUUGAUGCCACACCCUGGCAUGAAGGUGGCCACCAACCGCUCGUUCGACGGCAGACUCUCGGAUAUCGACACGGAGUUUAAACAGCAGCUCAAGAAGUUAAUCCCCAGCCUGCUUGCGCCAAAGAACUUGCAAGUCAAGGUCAUGUCGGGGCAGAAGAUAAAAGUCAAGGACCUACUCCAUUACAUAAAGGCUUACGUGGCGGUGUUCAACGGGUCGGACCUCCCUGUCCCGCAGACGAUUUUAGAGGCGACCGCGCAGGCGAACAACCUGUCGGCGGUGGCGGACGCGCGCGAGGUGUACGAGACGCUGAUGGAGGAGGCGGCGGGCGGGGCGCGCCCCUACCUGCCGCCCGACCGGCUCGCCGGGGAGCACCGGCGCGCCGUGGACAAGGCCCUGCUCAGCUUCCACAGCAAGAAGAAGAUGGGCGGCGAGGAGAAGGCGGAGCACUACAAACAGCAGCUGCUGCAGGAUCUAAACGAAGACUACGAGAGGCUGCGAGCGCAGAACGAGAGCAAGAGUAUGCUGAACCUGUUUGGCACCGGCGUGGUGUUCGCGGUUCUGCUGGUGGCUGGUGUCGUGCUGAGCAUGAUCGCACGCACGAUCGGCAUACGGCUGCUGGAGGCGGCGGGCCAGGGGGUCAGCCUCGCCGCACUGUGCGCUCUAGGGCUCUGGGCCUACAGCAGAUUUACGGGCCAAAUGAGAGAAAUAAGCGAAUUCUUGGAUGAGGUAGCACGCAAUCUGCGAAACAGUAUACUGCAAAAUGUAUCACCAUUGGGUACACUUCCCGGUACAGCGUCGGCGGAGAACCUUAAAAAAGAC